CCUACUUAAUGCGAUUGAGGAUUAUCUUCCUUGGCGGACCCAAUUUAAUUCAUGCCUCAGACAUGGAGGCUUAUUCGCUCACUGGAAGCUCUAAUUGAGAAGUAUCAUUUGAAAUUUUCUGCUGCUAACUCUGGCUACACAUACGAUUUGCGUACUUCUGGGAGAGGUCGGUUCAUUCUUGUGGUUAAAGUAGGAAGGGAGCCGUUGAUCCUUGGAAUCAGCAGCGUGAAGGACAGGGGGUGGAUGACUAAAUUUUUCAUCGUAGAAAGGUCUUCUUUCUGAAGAGGAAACGAAUGACUCAUCCUCCCUCUCUAGUGAUUAAAGUUGCUCCUUUGAUUACAUGCUCAUUGCCUACACCCCCUAUCCCUGUUGUCAGAAGUGGCCAGUCAAUGGACCCUGCUAAGCUGAAUAUUGAGUUCCCUGGUGACUUUUGUCGCUUAGAGAAUGCCUUGCAACUGAGGAACGAGAUGUCCCAGAUGCUGCUUCCCUCUGCUAAGAGCGCAUUUCGGGGUUCUCUCUUGUUGAGAUGCUUUCUGCUUUGUCUGAAUUCGCCUUCCAGCCAACUUGGCUGCCGUGGAGCGCACACAAGACCUGGAAAGAUCACUUGCAGAGUCUAAGCAGAACGAAGAGAUUGUCAAGAAGAAGUUGUCCGACAUUGCUCAGGUGAAGUUGAGGUUGGACGAGAAGGUGACCGCCCAAGACGGGACGAUCAGGAGGCAGAGUGAGGAGCUGGGGGUUCGGGCUGCUAGAAUUAAGAGUUAAUUCCCUAAAUAGGACUAAAACAACGAUGAAAUGCACAAAUAGGAC